UCAAAUGGAUUGCCAAUAUGCUUCAACGAGUUGGAUUCCUUAGGGCUCCUCUUUUUUGUUUUUUAAGGCUCUACUUCUUCUUUAUAGGUGUAGGAUUCUGAUACUUGGGUAGUGACCCCCAGCUCUCUCUUCCUCUCCCUCCCCUGCUUAUAAAUACGAAGCAUUAGUUUCGAUCAUUCCUCAAGCCUGAGAUAGAGCUGCAAAGCCUGUUUGUGAUAUAAUUCCUUUCUUGUAAGUUCUCCUGAGAGAAAAUGUCUUGCUGUGGAGGCAAAUGUGGCUGUGGCGUUGCCUGCAACUGUGGCAGCGGUUGCGGAGGGUGCAACGUGUACCCUGAUCUGGGCGGGGAGGGGAGCACCACCACCAAAACCAUGAUCAUUGGUGCUGUUCCUCAGAAGGGGCACUAUGAAGGGUUUGAGAUGGCAGCUGGGUCUGAGAACGGAGGCUGCAACUGCAAGUGCGGGUGUGGGCCCAACUGCAACUGUGAUUCCUGCGGCUGUUGCAAGUGAGACCUUCAGUGCUUGGUGGAGACAGUGUCCUACGUCUACAAAUCUAAGGAGGUCUCCUUCCAAGCAUCCAAGGAUUAGACUACUAUUAUCUAAAUAAGAGGAUAGGCAAGCUCUAAUGUCAAACACUCUCAUGUAACAAUCCCAAAUGAUAAUUUUCUAUUUUAUAUAUAUGAUGUGUCCUAACCAGCACGUCAACUUUAUUGCA